AAUACUCUUUUUACAGACAUGGUCAGAGCACUGAGAGAUAUCAGGUAUUGAUGUAACUGGAGUGAAUAAGGGAACCUUCCUGAGCAAUGACAUUGGAGCCUGUUAUCAGCAUGAACUCAUAUGUGUUAGACAAACACUUGAAUAGUUCAUAUCCAUCCUUCACUACAGGAAGCAUCAGAAUGAUACCGCAAACUCCAAAAAUCUUAGACACCAAUGACUAUUCACAAACAUUGGGGAUAUCACAAAAGAUAUUUACAGAUGAUGGUGAAUUGGCAGGAACUGGGCAGCAAUCAUUAUGUACAGAGAGUAAUUUAGUCAUCAAACAAGAGGACGACAUUUAUGCCUUAUCUAGUGAAAUGAUUAUCCCAGAGGGUAAACCACACACAUUUACUGAGUUUUCAAAACAUAUUAAAGAAGGGAAAAGUCUUCAGUCUAACCAAAUGAUUCAUACAAAGGAGAAACCUUUCAAAUCUACAGAAGGCAAGAAAAGCUUUAGAUGGAAGUCUCAGCUACUAGAACACCAGAAAAUUCACACAGGUGAGAAACCACACACAUGUACUGAGUGUGGAAAAUGUUUUACAGAAAAAAGUAGUCUGAAAACUCAUGAAAGGAUUCACACAGGAGAAAAGCCUUUCACAUGUACAGAGUGUGGAAAAAGUUUUACAGUAAAAAGUAGUCUGAAAACUCAUGAAAUGAUUCACACAGGAGAAAAACCGUUCACAUGUACAGAGUGUGGAACAAGUUUUAUACAGAAGAGUAAUCUGCAAAAGCAUGAAAGAAGUCACACAGGAGAAAAGCUUUUCACAUGUACAGAGUGUAGAAAAAGUUUUACAGAAAAAAGUUAUCUGAAAAUGCAUGAAAGGAUUCACACAGGAGAAAAGCCGUUCACAUGUACAGAGUGUGGGAAAUGUUUUAUACAAAAGAGUGAACUGAAAAGUCAUGAAAGUAUUCACACAGGAGAAAAGCCUUUCACAUGUACAGAGUGUAGAAAAAGUUUUUCAGUAAAAAGUAGUCUGAAAAGGCAUGAAAGGAGUCACACAGGAGAAAAGCCGUUCACAUGUACAGAGUGUGGAAAAUGUUUUAUACAAAAGAGUGAACUGAAAAGUCACGAAAGGAUUCACACAGGAGAAAAGCCUUUCACAUGUACAGAGUGUGGAAAAAGUUUUACACAAAAGAGUGAGCUGAAAACUCAUGAAAGGAUUCACACAGGAGAAAAUCCGUUCACAUGUACGGAGUGUGGAAAAUAUUUUAUACAAAAGAAUGAUCUGAAAAAUCAUGAAAGGAUUCACACAGGAGAAAAGCCUUUCACAUGUACAGAGUGUGGAAAAAGUUUUACACAAAAGAGUGAACUGAAAAGACAUGAAAGGAUUCACACAGGAGAAAAGCCUUUCACAUGUACAGAGUGUGGAAAAUGUUUUACAGUGAAGAGUAGUCUGAAAAUACAUGAAAGGACUCACACAGGGGAAAAACCUUUCACAUGUACAGAGUGUGGAAAAUGUUUUACAGAGAAGAGUAGUCUGAAAAUACAUGAAAGGAUUCACACAGGAGAAAAGCUGUUCACAUGUACAAAGUGUGGAAAAAGUUUUACACUAAAGAAUAAUCUGAAAACUCAUGAAAGGAUUCACAAAGGAGAAAAGCCUUUUACAUGUACAGAGUGUGAAAUAAGUUUUACACAAAUAAAUCAUCUGAAAACUCAUGAAAGGAUUCACACGGGAGAAAAGCCUUUCACAUGUACAGAGUGUGGGAAAUGUUUUACACAUAAGAGUUAUCUGAAAAAACACCACAAAAAUCACACAGGUGAGAAACCACACACAUGUACCAAGUGCGGCAAAUGUUUUACACAAAUGAAUCAUCUGAAAAGUCAUGAAAGGAUUCACACAGGGGAAAAACCUUUCACAUGUACACAGUGUGGAAAAUGUUUUACACAAAAGAGUAGUCUGAAAACUCAUGAAAGGAGUCACACAGGAGAAAAGCCUUUCACAUGUACAGAGUGUGGAAAAAGUUUUACAGAAAAAAUUAAUCUGAAAACUCAUGAAAGAAGUCACACAGGAGAAAAGCCGUUCACAUGUACAGAGUGUGGAAAAGGUUUUACAGUAAAAAGUUGUCUGAAAAGUCAUGAAAGGAUUCACACAGGAGAAAAGCCGUUCACAUGUACAGAGUGUGGAAAAAGUUUUACAGAAAAAAGUAAUCUGAAAAUGCAUGAAAGGAUUCACACAGGAGAAAAGCCUUUCACAUGUACAGAGUGUGGAAAAAGUUGUAUACAUAAGAGUGAACUGAAAAGACAUGAAAGGAUUCACACAGGAGAAAAGCCUUUCACAUGUACAGAGUGUGGACAAAGUUUUACACAAAAUAGUGAGCUGAAAAGUCAUGAAAGGAGUCACACAGGAGAAAAGCCUUUCACAUGUACAGAUUGCGGAAAAAGUUUUAAACAAUUAAAUCAUCUGAAAACUCAUGAAAAGAGUCACACAGGAGAAAAGUCUUUCACAUGUACGGAGUGUGGGAAAUGUUUUACAGAGAAGGGUAGUCUGAAAAAUCAUGUAAGGAUUCACACAGGAGAAAAGCCGUUCACAUGUACAGAGUGUGGGAAAUGUUUUACAGAGAAGAGUAGUCUGAAAAUACAUGAAAGGAUUCACACAGGAGAAAAACCGUUCACAUGUACAGAGUGUGGAAAAGGUUUUACACAAUUAAAUAAUCUGAAAACUCAUGAAAGGAUUCAUGCAGGAGAAAAGCCUUUCACAUGUACAGAGUGUGGGAAAUGUUUUACAGACAAGAGUAGUCUGAAAAAUCAUGAAAGGAUUCACAAGGGAAGAAACCUUUCACAUGUUUGGAAAGUGUAAAAAAGGUUUUUAUUUAAAUCGGGUAUCACAAAACACCAAAUAUUUACACACAAAUAAACAUAAUAUACACAGUGUACAAACCUUUUUACAAUUAUCCUAAAGAGGACAAACUCUCUAAAUAGAAGCAUGAAAAAGGAUCCUAUUGUAAAUAAUACUUUCUAAUCCCAGUUAUAAAAGACCCAGAUUGGAAGUGCUCUCCUGCUGUCCUUUGUUCCUCUAUAUAUGUGCAGCUCAGUUUCUCUCAUAUCAAUGUGAUAGAAUACAAACACCACACAGGAAUAUACAGAUCUGUCCUCAUACUGACCAGUUUACACAACCAUUCACCACCAAAGCACCCCCAGUGUUGUUUAUUAAUAUGUCAGUGUUAGGAGUUGCACAUUUGAUUUACAUGGGGGAGAAAAUAAUUACAUUUCCAGAAUAAAGGAGUCUUUAUAUGAAUAGAGUGUUAGAGAAUUAUAUCAACAAGAAUAUCAGUCUCAAAUGAUUGACAUCUGGGAGAUAUAUUUAAUGUGCACAUCAUGUGGAUAAACCUUUUCUUAUAGCAAUAGAUGCUUAGCAUUGUACAUGUUAUAUACUAGAGGCAUUACUGAGGGGAAACUGAUUUUAUUUCAUGAGACACAAUAUCAGUAUCCGGUACAUAUGUGAUCAUAAUUCGUUUAAUUUAAAUUGCAACUAUAACCUACAUGUAUACUGGGUAUGUAAAAUGUAUGUCAUGUUCUGUAACUUGAUGUUAUGUCUAAAUAAAAAGGGAGAAGCGAUCAA